UAUUUAGAAUGCGUAAUCCAUCAGUAAUUACUUCGAUGCGAUUAAAAGCCGCCAAUAAGGAAUACCGACCGAAAUAAAAUUGAUGGCAAGCAAUUCUCAGUUAUCGAAGUUCAAUGUGCAACGGUACAACAGUUCGCUCGCCGCUGAAAUACUAAAAAGGUAGGAAAUCAACUUUAGUUAAGUUAAAAUAGCGACAAUUACACAUCAAUAACAUGCUGUAUGGUGUUUUGCCUGAAACGUAAAUGGCAGUUCUACCAUUCGUAUUGAGGGUCCUCAUGCCGUUUAAUGUAGGCGUCAAUCCAGUUCUAAACACCACCUUAGGGCCAGUGAAAGGAAACUGGGAAUUGUCUUCAAACAAUAUCGCCUAUGUGGCAUUCACUGGCAUUCCAUUUGCAAAACCUCCGAUUGGCGACUUGAGGUUUUCGAAUCCCGAGCGAGCAGAUGCUUGGACAGGGACUCUGGAUGCCACUAGGCCCUCACCUAGAUGCGCCCAGAGAAAUUACCUUUUCUUCAAUAACCCGGCAAUUGAAGGUAGUGAAGACUGUUUGUACCUAAAUAUCUACGUUCCAGUGAUGGAUGUAUUGAAGAAUAGAUGUAUACAAACGGAAACCGUAAUGGCAGGUAUUCAUUGGGGCGGCUUCCUGGCAGGAGGUUCAGAUGCUGGAUAUUUGGGGCCCAAUUAUUUUAUGAACCGAGGCGUUAUUCUAGUGACUUUCAACUAUCGUCUGGGGAUUUUCGGAUUUCUGUCCACGUUGGAUAAUGCAGCGCCUGGAAAUUUUGGCCUGAAAGAUCAAGUAAUGGCGCUGAAAUGGAUUAAACAGAAUAUUGGAAGUUACGGAGGAAAUCCAGAAAAAAUUACAAUUUUCGGACAAAGUGCUGGAGCGGCCAGCGUUCAUUUUCACUUAGUGAGCAAAGCUUCCAAUGGGUUAUUUGCAAGAGCAAUAUCGCAAAGUGGAAACGCUUUAGCCCCUUGGGCUCUACCAAACAAUACGAUUCAAUUGUUAGCGACCAAAGCUCAAGGAAUGAUUGUAAAUUGCAACAACGAAAAUACGUAUACACUUGUAAACUGCCUUCGAAACAUUAGUGUAGCCGUGCUGCUACAGAGUCAAGAUGCUUUCAAGAUUUUCCAUAGGUUUCCAUUCACUAUAUGGAGCACAGUCGUGGAGACUGAAACGGCUUGCAAUCCAAACCCCUUUAUAACACCAGAAGUAAUGGAAGACUUGAAAUCUGGAAAUGUGAAGCACGUACCUUGGAUGACUGGGGUUGUGCAGAAUGAGGGAUUGCUAGUGGCUGCAUCUAUGUUGACUGCUCACAGUGAAAAAGACAAUUUGAACCAAGGAUUUAAUGAAACAAUGAUAAAAUUACUUGGACUCGAAUCUUUCGAACCUAAGACUCAAGAAACGUACAGGAAAAUAUUCGACUUUUAUUUACACCAUGAUGAUUUAGAUGUGCAAGAUGCUCAACAAGUCAAGGGAUUUAUCGAUGUUUGGUCCGAUAGAUACUUUGUGUACCCGCUGUACAAAGCACUGAGGCUGCAACUAUCCAAUGGCCACAAUUCCAUCUAUUUGUAUAAUUUUGAAUAUUCCGGCGAAUAUACAUAUGCAACGCCGUUUUCCACGCAAAGUCAAAGCUACAGUUAUCACUUGGGUCCUUCGCACUGUGACGAUUUGCUUUACCAGUACGCAACACCAGACUUAUUUAACAAUCUUUCACAGCCGACCGAUCUGGCUUUGUCCAACAUCUGGCUGGGGCUUUGGACCAACUUCGCCAUUUAUGGCGAACCAAAUCCGGCCGAAAAUAAAAUCCUGAACAUUAGUUGGGACCCGCUACCUACUGGAGAUCUACAUAUUGGUGACACUUUGUUCCUGAAUGUGACUGGCUCUACAUAUACGGGAGUGCAUUUCAGUAUAUGGCAAGGAUUUUACGAAGAAAGAAUUGCAUUAUGGGAGCAAAUUGAAAGUGCAAUGCGAGAGGGAAUACUGCGUCGCAUGAUGUAAUCACCAUCCUGCGGCAAUAUUUGCGACACUUAGAAAACAUCUGCGACAAUAUUUAUGAUUGAAUCGAGUAACAUGCGAAAACUCUGGAUGGAACUUUGGAGAAAAAGCUACUAAAUAAAGAUUUUACUCCGAAAAAAA